AUUUUUUCCUUCUAAAAUUUUAGAAAAUUAUCUUAACCUGUGUCAGUUUUUAUAAUAAAGUUUUAUAACAAAGUUCGACGCGCAUAAAAACUAAUCAAAACUAGUCAAAAAUAAAUGGGAGAAAAACAUGAUGCUAAACCAACAUUGAUGCUGGUAUGAACAUCAUUAUUUUUGUGGAUAUUGCUACGGAGUAAAAAUUGCCGAGUAUAGCAAAUCUUGAUGUCAGAAAGGUUUGUGUUCAUUAUUAGCGCGUUCAAAUAUCUAUUCAUACGUCAUGAAAUAACCAUCAUCAUUAUUAAUUUGAACAACUGUCAUGUUAAAUGCCCAAUUUUUUUCUGAAUGUUCCGUUAAAGUAAUUUUCAAUGAAUCAAAACAAAUUUAUUGCUCAUUGAACACGGCCGCCCGUAGCUUAUGUAUACAGCAACUCUGGUCGGUAGUCUUUAUCCUUUAUUGUCGUUGUGUCCUAUUGAAAUAUGAACCGCCUACAUUGUUUUGCAUUCCUGUGAUGUUAAUGUACUUGAUAAUGAUCUGAAUAAUACGAACUGAACAGUUUUACCUUUGUACAAUCAUAAUGAUGUCUGCAUUGCAACUAGAAAAUUUAUUCUAUCCCGCUGUAGUCAGUCUUACUGCAGCGUUACAACUGGCACGUUUUACGAGAAGAGUAGGCGAAGCAAGAGGAAGAUACAAGAUCCCGAUUCCAAAGACGGAUGGAGAUCCAAAUUUUUCAAGAAUAUUUCGAGCCCAUCAAAACACACUGGAAUUUCAUCCAAUAUUCAUUACACUUUUGUGGAUCAGUUCUUUGUUUUUUCAUCAAGAACUUUCUUCCGUUCUUGGUGUUGUUUACCUCUAUGCAAGAUACAAAUAUUUUUAUGGGUAUGCCAAAUCGUGUGAGAAAAGAUUAGCUGGCUUAAGAAUCGCUAUGAAUGUGUUGAUGACUUUGUUAAUUUUCUGUGUCAUUGGCCUCGCAAUGGUUGGAUUUACAAAAUAUUCUGGAAGAGAGAUAGAUUUGUCUAAACUUCAUGACAAACUACACGAAUACAUUAAAGGCCCAUUAUACAGUUUACAGAGAAGAUGUACAAAUCUUUCUAAAAACAUAAUGCCCUUCAUAGACAGUAUCACAAGCCAAACUCUGCAAGCUUUUCAAUUUGUUAGGACGUUCUUCACCAACUUUCUUACAAGUUUUCAGCUGUCGGAAAUGUCUAAACCAGAAGACCUGUAAUUGGUCCUAUAUCUUUAUUCAGUUGAUCAAUUCUCUAUUUUCACAUUAUGAUAUAGACAUUUAGCUAAAAUGAUAUAGUUUUCUUGAUUGUAUUUUACAAUUUACAUUAACUAAAGAGAUCCAGUUUUUUGGUGUAGAAAGCAUUCAUGCUCUCCAUCAAACUAUACAUUACAAUAAAUAGAAUAUUAUUUUGAA